UUUUAGGUGAUGGCUUCUCUGUUCUUCUGACAUUACUCUCUCUCUCCACUCGAGGUGAAUUUUUUUGUUUGUUUUCUGAGUGGGGAACCCCCAAUUUUCAGCCCAUUUUUUCAGUUCUUCACUCUCAUUUCUUACUCACUUUUUUGGAGACAAGAAAGUAAUACUCCCCUGUUUUCUCUCCUCACCUCUGAAUCUCCUCAUAUUAUCCUCUAAAUCCACACAUUUCAUUUCACACUCAAAUCUCACUCAAACUAAACAGGGGAAAACAGAGUAAGAGAGAGAAAGUUCAAGAAACACAAAUGGAUCCGCUAUAUUACAUCAUUCUCAGCCUUAGUCUCCUGCAUUUUCUUCAUACAGGAGUUAAUGGAGCAACAUUCACAUUCGUCAACAAAUGUGACAACACAGUAUGGCCUGGAAUCCUCGCCAAUGCAGGCACCCCAAAACUCGCAACAACAGGAUUCGAACUCCCAACCGGCACCUCCCAGUCACUCCAAGCCCCAACCGGUUGGUCCGGUCGAUUCUGGGGUCGAACCGGCUGUAACUUCGGCGGCUCCGGUCUCGGCUACUGCGCCACAGGAGACUGCGGCUCCGGCGCCGUAGAAUGCAACGGAGCCGGCGCCGAGCCGCCAGCUACAUUAGCCGAGUUCACUCUUGGUACAGGUAGUCAAGACUUUUAUGACGUGAGUUUAGUUGACGGGUAUAAUUUACCCAUGUUGGUUGAGGUAAGUGGUGGGUCGGGUUUGUGUGCUACAACUGGUUGUGUGGUUGAUUUGAACCAAGUUUGUCCAAGUGAGCUGAAAGCAGGAAAUGGUAAUGCGUGUAAGAGUGCGUGUGAGGCUUUUGGAAGUCCGGAGUAUUGUUGUAGUGGUGCGUAUGGUUCACCUACUACUUGUCAACCUACGGUUUAUUCUCAGAUGUUUAAGGCUGCUUGUCCUAGAUCUUAUAGUUAUGCUUAUGAUGAUGCUUCUAGCACUUUCACUUGUAGUGGUGCUGAUUAUACUAUCACCUUUUGCCCCUCUACUCCAAGUCAGAAAUCAUCAAGAGAUACAACGACCCCAGUUACAGCUCCUGUGACAACGACACCACCAGAUUUUUCCGGGUCGGAUCCAACUGGCUCAACAUCAACUGGAUCAGGAGGGGGCAUGACAUAUGGGUCAGCGUCCGAAGGCGGACCUGGAAUGAUAACCGGACCCGGAACCGGAACCGGAACAACAACCUCAGCUGUGCUAACUGAUGGAUCAUGGUUAGCUGGCUUAGCCAUGGGACACUCACCCUCUUUACAACCAACAAUAGUAGUACCCUUUGUAAUUGCAAUAUUCUCCCUCUUCACUUUUCUCACCUUGUAGUGAAAAAACUAUAAGGAUGUUAAAUGAGUAAUGAUGUCUUUAACAUGUUUUAGUCUGGCAUUUCAUCGAACACUUGGCAAAGCCGAAAAGGGGUGUUCUUGUCCAGCAUAGUAGAACCCAACUUCAAAUUUAGAUAAAUUAGAAUUCAAGGGUUUUAAUUAUGAACUUGUACAGAAAAAAGUGUUGGCAAAGAUGUAGGAGAGAGAAGAAAAAAAAGAUGGGAAUUGCGGGUUUAGCAAGAUUGCAGUUGUUUUAUGUCAGCUAUGAGAUUGUUUUUUGGUUGUUAAUUUUUUGCCUUUAGAUUUAACAUUGUCAUCAUAUCUACGAAAUUUGAUAGUCAAUGGAGGUAUCUACUUAAAAGAUCUUUGGAACA